UCAGCUGACACGUCACAUCUCUGGAUGUGCGCUGGCGUGAAAUCUGACGAGGAAUACCAUUCGCGCCUGUGGAAAAAAGGUCAUUGGAGCGCAGUUUGCCGGUAACACGGUGGUCAAGAGUGCUGCUGUGUUUGGAAUUUGAAAGGAAAUCGGGAAAAAAACACGUGGAAACUGCUGCGUUAACGAAAUGGAAUACUCAAUGUAAGAGCUGAAUGAAUUGAAGAUCAAGUUACCGUCAGUGAGUUCAUGAUUCUGCCGAUGGGAAGUACAGUAUUUUUUCACAUUUGUUAUUGUAUUAUGCUUCUCUUGAAUAUAUAAACGAAAGCAUUAUAAUUGAAUACGUGUUUAUAAUAGGAUAAGCAUUACAUUUUGAUAUACUUUUACUUUAAUAAUGUAUAUAAAACACAUUUAUUGAAUGCAAAAUAUUCAACCAUCUUUGCUUAUAAACUAUACACUUAGGGAAAAUAAUAUAGUAGUAUGUGCACAUCCAGAAACUAAAUUCGCAUUGUUUAAAACAGCUAGCUUGCUUUAUAAAUUCUUGGAGAGUUGUAUUUUGUAGAAUCUUGAGAGUUAUUUUUGUUGGUAUUCUAUUCUGAUGUUUGGCCAACCUUGCCAUGAUUGAACUGGAAGAGACAGAGCGUGACCAGGAGCCAGAAACUAUUACAAGGGAACAGAAUGCAUUACCCUGCCGACCGAGGUUGCAAACCCAUCAUCACUUUGCCUACAACACCAAGUUACACGGUGUGAAGUACAUCUUCCUUAGCCGUCAUUGGUUUUUGUGGCUCUUGGCUGUCUUGACAUCAGUGAGCCUCCUGCUCACUUGGUCCAAUAACCGAGUGCACUACCUAUUGUCCCAUCCAGUACACACGAAUAUGCAAAUGGUCUUUGUUCACAACCUCACCUUUCCGACUGUUACCUUCUGCAACAACAACUUGCUGCGUUUCUACAAGAUGACACGGCAGGACCUGCACUUGGCAGGCAACUGGCUGGGUCUGUUGACCGAUAAUGGCACAGCCAGGCCGGAGGUGCUGGAUUUUCUGGAGGACACUGGUAGAAAAACCUGGUUCAAGAAGUUCGCAAACUUUUCCAUGUUCCUGCCGGCACCCGUCUCCAAUUUGGAAACGCUCCAUCUGAUUAACCGGUCAGGCCACCAACUGGAUGAAAUGCUCCUUGACUGCAAGUUCCGUGGGAGACAUUGUACCCUGAACAACUUCUCCACAGUGUUCACGCGCUAUGGCAAGUGCUACAUGUUCAACUCGGGCAAGGAUGGGCGACCGCUGCUCACGACGCUGAAGGGCGGCACGGGGAACGGCCUGGAGAUAAUGCUGGACAUUCAGCAGGACGAGUAUCUGCCCGUGUGGGGCGAGACCGAUGAAACCUCGUUCGAGGCCGGUGUUAGGGUGCAGAUUCACAGUCAGAGUGAGCCGCCCUUCAUACACGAGCUCGGAUUUGGAGUUGCUCCCGGCUUCCAGACUUUUGUUUCCACUCAAGAACAGCGGCUCAUCUACUUGCCUUCCCCCUGGGGCGAUUGCAAGGCUGACCCCAUCAAUUCAGACUUCUUCGACACCUACAGCAUCACGGCUUGCCGCAUCGACUGCGAGACGCGCUACGUGGUCGAGAACUGCAACUGCCGCAUGGUGCACAUGCCAGGCGAUGCACCAUACUGCACACCGGAGCAGUACAAAGAGUGUGCAGACCCAGCCUUGGACUUUCUAGUGGAGAAGGACAACAACUACUGUGUCUGCGACACACCAUGCAACACCACACGCUACGGAAAGGAGCUCUCCAUGGUGAAAAUCCCAAGCAAGGCUUCGGCAAAAUAUCUCGCCAAGAAAUAUAACAAGACCGAAGAUUACAUCCGGGAGAAUGUGUUGGUUCUCGACAUAUUUUUCGAGGCUCUCAACUAUGAGACGAUUGAGCAGAAGAAAGCGUACGAAGUUGCUGGUCUCCUGGGCGACAUCGGUGGUCAAAUGGGUCUGUUCAUUGGAGCAAGCAUCUUGACCAUUCUGGAAAUAUUUGACUACCUUUAUGAGGUAUUAAAGGACAAGGUUUGCAAGUGCCGCAAGAAACACAGCAAGAAACGAAGUGAAAAUAUGACACCUUGUGAGACCCUGCGGAGUCACCACUCGCAAGACGUGCACUUCAACAGCAGCAUUCUACCUCAUCACACCGUCAGAGGGACGUUUGAGGAUUUUGCGUGCUAAUGGCUUAUAUUAAUCUCCUACAUGUAUUUACAAACAAUCGGAAGGGUGAGUUAGCGAUCUCCAAUAAGAUGAGAAAACACAACAAACAAACAAAAAAUCCGUUCCACUAGGUGCAGAGUUUUGUAAAAGAAACUCUCGAUUAUUCAGGGUAAUGGGGAGGAAGGGGUAGCACGGAUAAAACAAAAACACGGGCAACGCAGAACGUACGUGAUUCAGCCGAUGGAAACUAGUUAAUUGCUUACUAAUUUAGAAUGGGGGAAAAAACGAUGACUGUGCUCUUUUUAUUCUUCCUUAAAUUAACAGGUUUAUUUGCCGACAUGCUUGCAAUCACGUGGCCACUGAGUCGUUGACCCUCUCGAAUGAGAAGUCGGUAAUAACUAAAGCAGCCCAUGUAAAGAUUUACAUUUUUAUUUUGGAAGCUGAAGCAUGGUUAAUCCGCAACCCAUGUAAUCCACCCACGGAUAAUUGAGAGUGAACAUAAGUAAUACACCCUUAGUUCUAAGUGAUUUUUGCAAACAUUUGCACACAUGACUGCCAAAGCCUAACCAGACGCAUAUUCACUCUUCACUCACAUCAUUAUUGUAAGGUAGGCCAAUAUUAAUUGAGUUUAACACGUAGGCUUUCGCGACCAAUAUUAAUUAAGUGAAUGAAAGAUUGAAAUUCACUGUUUUAAACAGCUAAUUAUGGUACUUUUAUGAGUCAAGGUAAAUCAAAUCUGUUUUAACACGUAGGCUUUCACGACCAAUAUCAUCCAUAAUAGAGAUUUUUUUUGGGUUAGAUCGCGUAAAUAUAUACAGCACACCGGUGUGUUGGAGAAAUAAGCCAUGUCCUCAGAUUGUAAAUGUUGUGAAGCUAGUUGUAAUUACUGGCGAAACGUCGUACUCAGUUUGUAAAUGUUGUGGCUUGGCUCUCCAACACACCGGUGUGCUGUACUAGUGACGAAUUGGCAUAUUCUGUUUACAUGACUACCCUUACUAGUUGGCUGUGUCGAGUGGUAGCGGGUUUUUAAAGACACAUUCAUAUAUUUACGCGAUCUAACCCAAAAAAACUCCAUUAUAAAUAAAAUCUGCUGUAUUGAAAUAUACUUAAUCAUUUAUAUAAUACUUUUUUAUUGCGGUAAUGAAAUUUUCAGCUUAGGUUUAAAGAACAAACAUGCAUGUAAUGGUAUUAACAGUUUUUGUUUUAUCACAUGACAAAACACACAGUGGGCAAAUAUGAAAAUAGAUAAGUGCUAAGACAAAUAUCAAACCAUAAGUGGCCAUUUUUGGUCAUUGUAUAAUGAGCACUUUUUCAGUAAUAACAUUUAUACUACUGUAUUUCUUCAAGUAUAAUCUGUAAUAACUAUUAAGCCGGAAAAAUAUGUUUGUUCAGAUAACAGGGUUAUGAUUAUGUACGUAAGGUUUGAGAAAAAAUGUUAACACAAGUAUAUAAAUGUACGUGUUCACUUUUGGCGCACAUAUUUACCGAUAAAACUUUAGACUUCACGUGAACAAUCCUUUACACCAUUUAAAAAUACAAUGAGACAAUUUUGGGGUUUCUCUUUCAAAUGUGCUACCCAUUUGUGCUUUCAUAUAUAAUAAAUCAAACCGGUAAUGACAUGCCAAUAGCAUUGUAGCAAUCUGACUAAUGUAAACAUGUUGUGGGACUGCGUUGACAGUGGUGCACGAAAAAAUGACAAAAACUCAACGCAUAAGUCAAUAAGACUGCCCUAGAGAGGAAUAAUUGUAUUAUAAGCGACGUUUCUGGCAAUGGCACUUCUUCGGAGCAGAGAGAUCAAGCAGAUAUUCAUGUUAUGUAGAAGAGCCAUUGCCCAAUAUAUUGGCUAUUAUAUGUGUCCUCUUAAGGGCAGAGUUAUUGAUGAAUGUAUUGUAUCUUUAUUGUUUAGCUAAUGCAGUAACUCUUGCAGCUCCCCGCAGGAGCUUUCUACCACGGAUAGCACACAAUAGGUAUGACUUGAUUUUAUUCAAUUUCUUUGUGAGUAAUUAAAUUUUUUUUUAUUUGGACCAUGCCACCAGCAAAUGAUGGCCCAUACAUGCAGCAUACGUGUUCUUGUAAAACACAUUUUCUUUCAUCAACAAUUGUUAGUUUUUUAAGCUGAAUAUUAAAAAAAAAUUAAUACAAAUUCAUAAUUAAAGAGUACUUCAUUUUGGUAAAUAAACGUUGCUUGUAAAGAUUUUUUUUCUGGAAAUUUCUAUCGCAUGUAUCUGUGUUAUUUUCCCAAACUGGUUUGUAGCCAUGCUUGUAUUGUAAUUUAUACGUAGCAUUUGAAAUAUUAUACAAUAUUCAUAGAUUAGGUAACGGUGAGCAUAGAUAUACACAUUAUAAUUGUAUUUUUGUGCCUAAAUUAUGCUAUACAUUAUAUAUUUACUGUUUGGAUUUAAUAUUCCUAAUAUUGCUUAUUGUUAUGUUUUGUGACAAAUAUAUGCCUUUAAGCGUUUAUAUUUUAAAAGUCUAACAUAAAAUAGGAAUUAUAAGAUUCCUUUAUCUCCAUAUCUUAUGCUAUUUAUUUUUUAAUUUCAAACAAAAGCAUCAAUACAUUUACAAUGAAAGAAGGUGGUACAUGUUUUGUAGUAUUAUACAUUGGAGAGGGGAAAAAAUACCAAUAUUUUAUUCUAUUUUAAAAACUUAGUUCAGCAGGUGCCUCCAUCAAUUAAAUUAAUCUUGCAGCCUUAAACAGAAAUCAGUCAAAUCGACAUCUAUUUUGAUUGCUCAGUGGGUUCAUUUAAAUCAAUACGCAAACACAAACCGUCCUCAGUGGCAUAAUUUUUUAGCGAUUUACAAUAAUACGAUACGGUAUAAUUAUACAGAGAACAAUUUAGGCAUUUAUUACAGAAGUAUUUCACUUCAUUGAAGUGUAGGUGAUGCACAGAGACUACUCACAAUUAUUUAAUAAAAAUGUUUUUUCUUCAGACUUUUGCGUCUUUAUAACACAAAACCCUUCAAUUGGUGGUUAAUAAACAAUAGGCUUUACCCUUUCCGGAAAUAAUGCAGGUGUUAUGAUGGUCAAACGCCAAAUAGACACCUAUUGCAAGAAAUUACGUCUGCAUUAACCACACAUGCUUGUGGUAAACAUGCAAACAAACGUGCUUUUAUAACACUAUGUAACACCAUUUUUGUUCCUGCUUUUGUGACCAGGACUUUAUGUGAAUGAAAGACACAAAUGCACACGUUUUCUCAUUGAAAAUAGGUAAAUUUCUAAACAUCACUGUCCUGGUCACAAAAGCAAAGUUUUUGUGGUAUAAUAUCCAUUUUCUGUACUUUUGAGGCAUAAGCAAUUAGGAAGUAACUCUUACGACCCAGGAACAAAAAUGUGUUUUUUGUUACACAGUGUAAUAAACUAUGCAUUAUCCUUGAAACUGAUUGGCCUACACCAGAGACAGCCUCCUUUAUGGUAAUAUUUAAUCGGCGUUAGACUAGAGAAUGCCAAAAGGUGAACAGCACAAAGGCAAUGCAAAUAUCAAAGCAUUAAUAACUCGGGUGGAGCGGUUAUAUCUAUGGGACCAUUUUCACCAGUAUCAAGACUAUGGAAAUAGGGUACCAUAGAUAUAACUGCUCAACCCUUAAAUAUGUGCUUAAAUUGUAGCAACAAAUAGGGACAUUCAUCCUCGUAUGUGGUUAUUUUGUAUUUGUUUGCGUUGUAAUGAGUACAUUUGUUAUUGUCAAUACGAUUUUCAUAAUUUAAAUUUUGGAGAAGUUGGAAUUUUGUAGUGAAAUUUCUAUCAUAUCCACGGGCGUAAACACGUGAAGACGUAAAAGCACAAAAUGGCCGACACUAUGGAAUGGUGAAUUACUUAAAUGCAUCAGCUGUUUUACGCUGAUGUUCAUAUUUGAUUGGCCCCUUACUGAUACUUGAUUUCCAGAUUAUUGAAUACCUAAAUUAUCAUCAAUGAGUUUUAAACAUGUACACGAGUCAAAACAAUCAAAAUAGCCCUUUUGAUUGUGUUUCUCUAAGACUAUUUUAAAAUAUCUAACAUCUGUCCAAAUUUAUUCAAGUUGAACACAUAGCUUGCAGGUUAAAAUAUACUUUAAUAUGAAAAGAAUGUUGGAAAUAUGAAAAAGCAUACAUUGUAUUUCAAAUACGAAUGUGAGAGCAUUCCUGAUUAUAUACUGACGAAAGUUACAUUCAGUCUGCCGUUUCGUUCAGUGAAAAUGUGGGGUUUAUGAUUUGUAAUGCUUCUUACAAUGUUCGCUACAUAAAAUCCAAUAAAACACUUGUACAGCACAUAACUGCACUUGCAUAUUAGCGGCAGUAUACGGUGUACGUGAAGACCACAUUCUUCAAUGCAUUGAAAUUGUGCUUUUAAAAAACCGUACUGUAGUAUGUUUUUUUUACAAUAUGUAUUAUUUAUAUCAAUAUACAGAAGCAAAUAAUGCGUAUGGCAAUGAAUUAAUCGACUCUGUGGGAUAAUUUGUAUCGUAGCUUCUUGUCUUCAUUCUAUAAACAAUAGCUUACACGGUACGUGUCAUUUUGAGCUUUUAAUGAGCAACUAAUUGUUCGGUGCGGCAGAGUUAAAACAUUGGAACCAACACACUUGAAUAUACGAUUGAUUUGUCUGACAUUCUUCAGUAAUUAAACAAAGAAACAGUUCCGAUCAUUAAUGUUUGCUUUGGAUUGACGAGUGUAUUUAAUGCAUAUACCUGCUGUGUAACUGAAAAAUACUUCCUCCCUACAAAAAAAACGGAUAGCAUGCAAGGAAACAUGAUUAUGAAAAUUGCUUAUUGGUGUUAGAGAUUCACAUCCAUUGAUUGAAGGUGUUUGUUCUCUUAUACUGCUGUAACUACAUGGAUGUAUAUGAAAGGCUCGCCAUGCGAAUGUCAUCGAGUGAAAUAUGUAUCGUAAAAUACAGGCCACUGCUGGAUGAGGAAGGCCCCCCACCACAGACAUGCAGUCGUGGAGGUUGUUGGACCCUUCUUCACCAAGUUGGUCAGUACGGGUUGAUGAAGGGGGUGGCCCAAGACUGGUUCAGAUAUCACUCGCUACUGAUGUUGGCCGUGGCCAGGGGAAACCACUGCGUAAUUCACAUACCUGUCAACCCCCCCUUACCAGUGCCUACCUUAUUACAGACCAAUUCGGACCUUAUUGGUCACCCCGUGCCCUUAUAAAUCUCAACGUUCAUCCUACAAAGUCCCAUCACAAUGGAGAAACACAAACAAAUAGUUUUUUUUGCCCGUGUUGAAACGGCUGUAUGCCGUAUGGACCUGAAAUCUCAAUUUGCCUGUACAAGAAUACGGGUAAACCGUAUGGGUUGACAGGUAUGAAUUCGCACAAUGCGCUAACCACUGCAUCACCGCUCCACGCCAUCUAGUGCAACCCUGAAUAUCAGUAUAAUCUCAACCAAACUCUCUAAGAUUGAUUGAUUUAUGGAUAUGGUAGCUUGGGUGCUUUUAUACUUAUUUUGAUAAAGAGAAUAUGUUUAAAGAGACAUUUUAUGCAGUGUGAUAUAUGCUUUUUAAUAUAACUGGUUUUCAUGUUAAUGCGUUGCAUGGAUUAUUAUUCAUGUGAAAUUGUUAAUUAAACGAUGUCAUGCGAAUAUCAGUAAAUAUACCGCAUGUUUAUGAUAUUCCACCUAACUUUGAUUUUAUGCAAAGUUGCAUGGUUUAGCAACCUACCAUUGGCAAUUGAAAAAUAACCCGUUGGAACAAGUCAUUGCAAGUGCAUAACUCACAUACAUUAUUAAAUACACAAAAAACUGAUAAGAAUAAAGUUGUAUCAUGUAUUAAAUAUGAUUUACCCUAUUUAUUUAUGAUGCUGAGUUGUGCAUGUUGAUCAAUGUCAGAUGUAUAAUACCUCCAUUCCUGCUAAACCAAAAGUUGAGGUGACGUAAUAUAAAAAUACAAUUCAGUAAUAAUGUCAAUACUGUAGUAAUGACCAAGUUCUAGCGCACGUGCACACAAACACGUACAGAGGGACAGCAUCGGUAUUUUUUCCAGAUGGGAGCUCUGUUAUGAGCAGUUUCGGAAUGGGAUUUCGAUAAACCUCAAAAUUAGCUGCAGAAAAACAGCAUUGCUGCAGUAGCCACGGGGAUGAAAAAAAACGCAAAUCUAAAGUGACUUGUACGAACGUACACACCCGUUGUUUUUUUACGCUUCAUAGCCUCUCAUUCAUUUAUUUACCGAUCCUUCAAGUACAGAACAGGGCUGCAGCAGUAAUAUCGACAAGUGCUCAGAUCUGCUGUGGGGUAAUUAUUUUUUUUUAAGUAGAUCCCUCUGGCUGUGCUAAUAGAUGGCAAAAGUACAGCCACUAUAUGUACAUGUUUGAAAGUGGGAAGGUGGGAGCAGAGGAAGUGAGAGCAGGAAUGAUGUUUAUAUAAAAAAAAGUGUUAAAUGAAAUACAGUUUUUUAGUACUGUAUACCUCUGUAACAAGUACAUGAAUAUUGUGUUCUUUUGAUGUUUCAACAUAUUUUAAAAGUAUACAUGUGAUUUGUGUGUAUAAAAUGCCUUAUUAUGACCAUGGCCGUGACACUGAUUAUUGUUUAAUGUUUAAUAAGUGUAUACAGCUUCAAUGUAAUGUUGCCUUGUGUGAUUGUAAACGUUAGAACAGAGCUACCAUGAGAGAUUGAUGGGACAAUGUCAAUGUGCCACACACCAAGGAAAGGUUGAGGAUAUCUCUUGCAGCUCUGUCUAGGGAUAGUGCCAAUCGUGUCUCUGAUGAGACCUCUUCAGGUGGUAUCUGUAGCAGACUAGCUUGCAUCUGUCAAAAGUACAUUUUCUCCACCUACUCUGUGUUCUGCUCUGUUUAAAUGGGCGUGCACGUUUCACUGCAUACAUGUAAUAUCAAACGAAACAAUAAAAUGCAUUA